GCUUAUAGAGGAAAGAGAAAAAAAUAAAAACGUCUCGUGCCCCGUUGCCUGUUCCGUCACGAGCCUUUUCCGUUGGUACUGACCGAGCGGAAAGGCGCGUAAACCGGCGACGUGCAAAUCGUGUAGCGUUUUAACGUGAACCUCAGAAACAUAAAUUAGUUGUGCGUGUUGAGUUGUGUGUGAUGUAGAGUGUCCUGACCGUGUCGUAGCGCUAGCUUAGCUGUGUAGCUAACUGACUCACAGGACACCGAAUCGGUUCGUUUGUCCGUCGUGUCGACUCUAAUAACCUCAACAACCGGCGACGGUUAGUUCGGAAUUACACGGACCGCUCGUCAGUCGGUGGGUUCGUGCAGAUCCGGUGUGAAUAUUUGCUUUGACUCGGUUUGAAUGAAAGGAAACGUUAAGUGACAUUUAGGAGCUAAAGCUCUGAGACAGUGACCUCAAUCCAGCCGUGUUUCUGACAGGAUCCUCCCGUUAGCAUCGUUAGCAUCAUAGCGCUAAAUAACACAUGAAAACACCAACGACCACAAUCACUAUAGCUUCUCUGCUAACGCCGUGUUUUUGCUAACUGGCCCAUUCUGUUCCAGACACAUUUCCAUCUGGGAGAAAUUUGCUAGCACACACACACACACACACACACACACACACACACACACACACACACACAGAGUAAAGAAAAGAGGGAAAGAUGCCGGCCGUGUCGAAGGGAGACGGGAUGCGGGGAUUAGCCGUGUUCAUCUCGGACAUCAGGAACUGCAAAAGUAAGGAGGCUGAGAUCAAGCGCAUCAACAAGGAGCUGGCCAACAUUCGCUCUAAGUUUAAAGGAGAUAAGGCUCUGGAUGGAUACAGCAAGAAGAAGUACGUGUGUAAGCUGCUCUUCAUCUUCCUCCUGGGCCAUGACAUUGACUUUGGCCACAUGGAGGCUGUGAACCUGCUCAGCUCCAACAAGUACACAGAGAAACAGAUUGGUUACCUGUUCAUCUCUGUGUUGGUGAACAGCAACAGUGAACUGAUCAGGCUGAUCAAUAAUGCCAUAAAGAAUGACCUGUCCAGCAGGAACCCCACCUUCAUGUGUCUGGCACUGCACUGCAUCGCCAACGUGGGCAGCAGGGAGAUGGCCGAGGCCUUUGCUGGGGAGAUCCCACGCAUCCUGGUGGCAGGGGACACAAUGGACAGUGUUAAACAGUCGGCUGCUCUGUGUCUGCUGCGUCUGUAUAAAACAUCUCCAGACCUGGUGCUGAUGGGAGAGUGGACGUCCAGAGUGGUACAUUUACUGAACGACCAGCACAUGGGUGUGGUCACUGCAGCGAUCUCCCUCAUCACCUGCCUUAGCCAGAAAAACCCAGAUGAGUUUAAGACGUGCGUGUCCUUGGCCGUGUCCCGCCUGAGCAGGAUCGUGUCCUCAGCAUCCACCGACCUGCAGGACUACACAUAUUACUUUGUUCCUGCUCCCUGGCUUUCCUGUAAGUUACUGCGUCUUCUGCAGUGCUACCCUCCUCCUGAGGAUGGCGCCGUUAAAGGCCGCCUGGUGGAGUGUCUGGAGACGAUUCUCAACAAAGCACAGGAACCUCCCAAAUCCAAAAAGGUGCAGCACUCCAAUGCCAAGAACGCCAUCUUGUUUGAGGCUAUAGCUCUCAUCAUUCACUAUGACAGUGAGCCGAACCUGCUGGUGCGAGCGUGUAAUCAGCUGGGGCAGUUCCUACAGCACAGAGAAACUAACCUGCGCUACCUGGCCUUAGAGAGCAUGUGCACACUCGCCAGCUCCGAGUUCUCCCACGAGGCCGUCAAAACACACAUCGAGACGGUCAUCAAUGCCCUCAAGACUGAGCGUGAUGUGAGUGUACGUCAGAGGGCAGCUGAUCUGCUGUAUGCAAUGUGUGACCGCAGUAAUGCUAAGCAGAUUGUGGCUGAGAUGCUAAGUUACCUGGAGACGGCGGAUUACUCCAUUCGGGAGGAGAUGGUGCUGAAGGUGGCCAUCCUGGCAGAGAAGUAUGCAGUGGACUACUCCUGGUAUGUGGACACCAUUCUUAACCUGAUACGCAUUGCUGGAGACUACGUGAGCGAGGAGGUGUGGUACCGCGUCAUCCAGAUCGUCAUCAACCGCGAUGACGUACAGGGUUAUGCAGCCAAGACCGUCUUUGAGGCCCUUCAGGCUCCGGCUUGUCAUGAGAACAUGGUGAAGGUCGGAGGUUACAUUCUAGGAGAGUUUGGAAACCUUAUUGCUGGUGAUCCUCGUUCAAGCCCAUUGGUUCAGUUCAACCUGCUCCACUCUAAGUUCCACCUGUGUUCAGUUCCUACUCGUGCCCUACUCCUCUCUGCCUACAUAAAGUUCAUUAAUUUGUUCCCCGAGACAAAGAUUACUAUCCAGGAGGUUCUGCGCUGUGAUAGUCAGAUCAGGAACAGUGAUGUGGAGCUCCAGCAGAGAGCCGUGGAAUAUCUGAAACUCUCCUCCAUCGCCAGCACCGAUGUCCUGGCCACAGUGUUGGAGGAGAUGCCCCCAUUCCCUGAGAGAGAGUCCUCCAUCUUGGCCAAACUGAAGAAGAAAAAGGGUCCGGGUGCCGUGUCCGGGAAUGAACUGGAGGACGGAAAGAGAGAGGGAGGGGAGCUCAAUGGGGGAGGAGGAGAGCGGUCUGGAGACAGCUCUGCCAUUGCAGCAUCCAACGCAUCCACUCCUUCUCCGUCAGCUGAUCUUCUUGGUCUCCGCUCCUCCGCCCCUGUGAAUGCAGCCCCGCCCAGUUCAGGCAGCUUAUUGGUGGAUGUAUUCUCGGAGGCGGGGCCUGCUGCUCCGGCCGCUGCGGUCAGUGACGAUGGCUUCCUCAGAGAUCUGGAACCUCCCACUGAGAGCUCUGACUCCUUAUUGGCUGAGGGUCCUGGUGACUCGGACUCUGCUCCUCCCUCUGUGCCCUCUGAGGAUCCUGCACCUCCUCUACCUGAGUCAGACGAGCUGCUUAACAAGUUUGUGUGUAAGAAUAAUGGAGUACUAUUUGAGAAUCAGCUGCUUCAGAUUGGCAUUAAGUCGGAGUAUCGCCAGAACCUUGGGAGAAUGUAUUUGUUCUAUGGCAAUAAGACGUCAGUGCAGUUCGUCAGCUUCACAACCACUGUGAGCUGCCCAGGAGAGCUGCAGUCUCUGUUGAAUGUUCAGCUGAAACCUGUGGCUCCUCUGGUUGAAGGUGGCGCUCAGGUGCAGCAGGUCAUCAACAUUGAGUGCCUGUCUGACUUCUGUGACGCACCGCUUCUCAACAUCAAGUUCAGGUAUGGUGGAGCUCUGCAGAACCUCACACUCAAACUCCCUGUCACUAUCAACAAGUUCUUCCAGCCCACUGAGAUGGCCUCACAUGACUUCUUUCAGCGCUGGAAACAACUGAGCCUACCCCAACAGGAGGCACAGAAGAUCUUUAAGGCAAACCAUGCCAUGGACACAGAAGUGAUCAAAGCCAAGUUGUUGGGAUUAGGUACUGCUCUUCUGGAGAACGUGGAUCCAAACCCUGAGAACUUUGUGUGUGCUGGAGUAGUUCAGACCAAGGCACAGCAGGUUGGCUGUCUCCUGAGACUCGAACCCAAUGCACAGGCCCAGAUGUACCGGUUGACUCUGCGCAGCAGUAAGGACACUGUUGCUAAGCGUCUGUGUGAGCUGCUGGCAGAACAGUUCUAGAACCUGGCUUCUAGAACCAGAGCAGACCAGCCCCCCCAAUCCCCCAAACCCACCCCACCCCACCUCGGAACAUUCUCUGUUCAUACAUAAGGGAAAAACUACUGCCUGUCCAUGGCAGCCAUGAUUACUGUCCCCAUCCUGAUUAUUAUUGUAUAUCAUCAUAAUCAUCAUCAUCAUCAGCGCUACCAUUCCCCUUUUUAAUCUGUUUACCUGCCUGUGUGUGUGUGUGUGUGUGUGUGUGUGUGUGUGUGUGUGUGUGUGUGUGUGUGUGUGUGAGAAUGUUCUGUUCUCCUUGUUAACCUGUGAUUGUGUUGACAGCUGGUGAGUCAUAAACAGUGAAAUGAAAGAGUUACCAGUUAGUUAGAGAGGGGUUUUCUAUUUUCUCUCUUUCUCGUGUGUGUGUGUGUGUGUGGGGAGAGAGAUCUACAGCAUUUUGACCUGUAAACAUUCCUGAGAGAUUUUGUUAGGACACACACACACACACACGUUCUGGUGCACAUGCACUGUUUUGUUAGAACAUUCCAAGUUGACUAGUUAUAGGCGUCUCUGGGAGAAAUAAAACACUGCAGUCAGAAUACACUAAACACGUCCUGAGUAAACGUGGCACUAACUUCUGUCUCACCGUCUCCAGAGCCGAUAGCACUCAGUGGGACAUGUGGGGUUUUGAGCCUGUUGUGUUAUCAUCAUGAUCCCCAAGUUCCCUGAAGCUGAGUGUAGGCCAGUGCACUUUACAGGCCUGGAGAGAAGCGAGGUGUCUCGACGUCCAUCUCUGAUCUGUCCCUGAACAUCUCCUGCUUGGUUAGAAUCAUGACUAAUGAAGAAUUUAUAUAUUUAUUUAGAAAUUGUUGCCCAUUUUUGGUUGUUUUUUCCUUUUUUUUAGUUUUAAUAGUUGUGGUGUUGAUGUUUCAGGCAUUCCAUUGAGUGUGUAAUGUUUUGCAUGGAGCUGUAGGAUCAUACAGGAACAGGGAAAGGAGCAGAAGUUCUGGUGUGUUAUGUUUGUCAGAUGAAGGUGAACCUGGGCUCAUGUUAACAUCUCGUACAUCAAUGUCCCCAAACUACAUAACACUGAGGCACAGAGCAGAAUUAUGGGAUCAGGUCUGAGGAUGUGUCCCGUUCUCCAUGUUCCUAAGCCAGUGUGAUGAACUCUGGUGUCUGAGCGAGAGCUGUGAGAAAGCUUCAGCUACAUUACUGUAAGAGCACUUACCUUCCAACACAAGUUUAGAUCACACAUGCACAGAACGGGCCAGAAGUUUGAACUCUAAUCUCUCUUUGCUUGUGUGUGUGUGUGUGUGUGUGUGUGUGUGUGUGUGUGUGUGUGUGUGUGUGUGUGUGUGUGUGAUUAUUGCAGAUCGGAAUUUAACGUAGUUGUUUUUCUGCACUGAGAAAUCCUGUUUACUCGAGAUUCACUAAUAACAGAAAUAUAAAUGCAGCUGUUUGGCUCAAUAAAUUGAUGUUGAGAUGAGAGACAGGAAAGACAAUCUGUUUUUGUGGACUCUUAUCUCUAAUCUUUAGCUUUAGCUUGAUUAAUUGGCACUGAAUGAUAAAGGGUUUGUGGUGUCUGUAUACCAUCAGACACACAGUUCUUUAUUCAGUGGAGAGAAAUGAGAUUAAAUCACAAACACAGUGGAGAGAGAUCAAAGUGAAAUAUGUGACAGCCCUACAGGAUGAAAGCAGCUUCCAGCUGUCAGUCACACUUUAGGAACAGCACAUUGUGUGUGUGUGUGUGUGUGUGAGAGAGAGAGAGAGAGUGUGUGUGUGUGUGUGUGUGAGAGAGAGAGAGUGUGUGUGUGUGUGAGAGAAUUUAUUAGAGAUUUAUGCGACAUUUGUCAUUAGUUAAAUGAAGUCACUACGUUUCACCUCACUGCACUGCUGCUGUGAUGUGUUGAUAGGACUGUCUUUGUAGUGUAGAAUCAUUAUGGUGUGUGUGUGUGUCUCUGCAGUAUCCACUAGCUAAUGCAGCCCCAGUGUAUCGGUGUUGAACCUGUCAGAUACCCAUGUUAGAUGAAAUUUACUCUGUACUGAAUAAUGUGAAAGUAAAACUAUGCCAUAUACUCCA